UGUACCAUGAAUGCGGAUUAUAAUUCACGAAAUUUAACUCCUCUCUGGCAGCUUAAUUUCACUAUGUCUGGAAUGUCAUCUGAUGAUGCAAGUGCUGAAGUGAGGCUUGAAGGAGAAGUUUCUGGUGAAAAGGUACAAGAAACUCAAGAUCAGAAUGAAGGCAGUGGCAUGCCCUCGCCACAAGAGGAGGAGGCAGCAAUCAAGAAAAAAUAUGGAGGAAAAAUACCCAAAAAGUCACCACUUAUAUCGAAGGACCAUGAGCGGGCAUUAUUUGAUUCUGCUGAUUGGGCUUUAGGAAAGCAAGGUGGAAAUCCCAACAAGCCCAAAGGGCCCCUUGAAGCUCUUCGACCAAAACUCCAGCCUACUCAACAAAAUGCUCGUGCCCGCCAAUCUUCCUAUGCAUCUGCAGACAAUGAUGAGAGUUUGAGUUUGCCUGCCGAGGAGCUGAUCCAGAAUGAUGAUCAAACUGAAGACAAGAACGAGGAAUAAGUAUAAUAUGCAUCGUGCUUUUUAUAGGGAAAAAUCGCGGUUCUGCUGUCAUGAUGCCAAAACUGUGCCUUGUUAAAUAACUAGCACCGGUACUUAUAGUAUGCCUGAGGUUGAGCUCUGCAGUUUUAGCUGCGGUAUAUCUGGCUUCUUCCACAUUCAGCUAUGCUUGAACCAGCUAGGAAUGAACAUUUCAUGAUGGUGGUGUUGUA